AUGAGACCAUUAAAUAUCAGAUUCACUAACAAUGAGGUGAAAGCAGUUAAGAAUUCUUUCCUUAAAGGAUUGAGUCCAGAGAGUUAUAUCGGAUUCCAAAAGAAUCCAGAGGGAUACAAAUUGAAAAUGUUUGGCAAACGAUACAUCACUAAGAAAGUCACACAAGAAAUGAAAGCUGAAGUCAAGCAAAAGAUUCGGAAAUUUGAGAUCGAUAGUGACAAGCAUAAACUCUUCUUCUUGAAUGAAGCGAAUAAUGGAACACAAAAGAGAAACUUAAGGGCUUUUUUGAUCAUUAAGAGAGGUUGUUCACCAGUUUGAGAGCAAACAACUAGGUUGCAUCAGCUAAGCAGUUCUAGAGAAGUUAAUCUCAAGAGGCUUGAAGCAAGAACUCCGAGAAAGAAGAUGCCCAAGACUAUAUUAAAUCAGACUCCUGCUGCUAAUUCAACCAUUGAAGCUUUUAACCAAGAUAGAUCAGAUGUAAACUUCUCAUAUAAAAGUGCAUCAAAGAGGUCGAGAUUCUUUGAGAAUAUUAAAAAUGAUAAUAGUCUUGGAGGAAAACUUAAUUUUUAUCGUAAGCCUUUCUUUCAGAAGAGUAGGCUUAAACCUUCUAAGCAAAGAGACUUUGCUAAAAACUACUCAACUAAGAAUUCUAAAUUAGGAAAAUUGAUUAUUAGAAGAAAUUAUGAGAAUUACCACCCUUCUAGAGCGUUUUCUCCUACUUAUGAGACCAAUAAGGAGUCUCUAUCCAUCAAGAAAACGAGGACAAACAUGAUCUCACCUUUAAAUAACCAUAAACCAUUAUUAGGAAGUUUCGAAUCAAUAGAGGAUCCUAAACUAGCAAAGAAGCGAUUUGACAGAAAGCUAAAUCUGUCCAACCUUAUUUCAGAUGAGGAGAUCACCCAGAUCAGGGAGAAAAUCUGGGCAAAGCUUCAUGGUGACCAGUCCUAACCUCUCUCAGAUCCAUU